AUGGAGAAUGAUUGGAGAAAUAGAUGGUUUCCAGACGGAGAUGCAUCUAACGAGAUUAAGCCAGCCCAAGAUGUACUUAAGGGUGCUCAGGCCUUUCUUGACGACUGUCUGUUAAAGCUUGGGCAGAAGGUUAAGAAUGAGUUUAAUUCUAUUAUACGCUUCAACAAGGGUUCCGAGGAAUCAAGCAAACAGCCUGGGGAAGACCUCACUAAGUACAUCAAUUCACUCCCCCUCGAACAGCUCUCGGAUUAUGUAAACUUCAGUGUGGAUAAAAUGAGAGACGCUGGCGAAGACUUAAGCCAGAAAAGGUCGAGUGGCUUUCAUAAACGUGCAGCGCGGUUGCAAGAUUUCGCAGUGACUUUCAGCCACUUUCUGAAGGCAUACUCUGGGGUCGUCAGCAUUAUCCAAAAUGCUGAUGCGCAGUUCGGCAAUGUUGCAUUUGCAGCACUCUCCCUCUUAUUUGCUACCGUGAAAGCAAAGGCUGAGGCAGAGGCAUCCAUCCAAUCGAGCAUCCUUCAUAUCUCUGAUCGGAUGCCGGAUUUCAAAGUAUACGAGCGCAUCUAUCCUGAUCCUAAACUGGGUUUAAUGCUGUCAGAAGCAUACCGCGGUAUUGUUCUUUUCGCACGAAAAGUCACAAUCUACUUCCAACCCCACGGAUUUGUACGAUACAUGCGGCAAUUCAACAGAGUUGCUGAGUUCCAACUUAUGGAGCAAGAAAUGCGAGAAACCUCAAAUCGUAUAAGUGAGAGAUGCAGCGUGCUACUUGCGGAGAAGAUCGAUGACCUUACUAUCAAGAACAAGAUGCUUCAAGAUCGAGAGAACGUGAGAAUUAUUGGAGAGAUAGUGACAAUCCUGAACUUACAGAACUACCGAACUGAGCACAUGCGUGAAGAGCUCAAAGAGGAACAAUCAAUUCUUAAGCAUCAGUUUAUAGGCGAUAGGCGUCGACAGAAAAUAGAUGCACGGCAUUUCUUGGGUACACCAAGUGGGCAGUUCUGGCAAAGCCCAGGCCGCGGGCUAUUGCUGCUGUACGGUCGAAAUGAGAUGGGCAGUAGCAGCAACCACUCUUGGCUAUCCCCUAUUGCAACCGAGAUAGCUGAAGGACACUUCGAAGCGAAUAACCUAGCUGCGUAUGAUAGAGGUGGUAAAGACAGCACGCUUGAGAGAACUUUAUCGCGCCUGAUCUUUCAAUUGCUCGAAAGGAACCCAGGAAUUGUUGAACGGGCCGAAGAUUAUCGAGAGAUUGAAUCUCAGAUUUCCAGGAGUAGUGUUCUAAGUGAGAGAUAUGAGAGGCUUGAGGGGCUCCGAAAUGCUCUGCUUCGCACUAUCAACUGCUGCGGAGGUCGCGUUGACAUUAUCUUGAAUCGACCAGAGUUGUGCGAAGCGCAGUUAGAAGAGAGUUGCACGGAAUACAUUAAUACUAUGCUUUCCUUGAUCAGGGACACAAAGGCGGAGCUAAAGAUCCUGGUCGUUUUGAGAAGCGAGUUUUGGGAUUUCGAGAAGAACGAGAAACAGUUUCGUGACGUCGACUUGAAGAUGUUUCGCGCAGUGCGGAUGGAUCAAGGCCGUUCCUAA